ACAAAUCCCGGCAUGCUCCUGAGCGGCCCGAGGUGGAGGGUUCUAGAAGGCGUGACGUGGGGUCGAGAGCGGGAUCGGAGGCUGGUCCGUUUCGGCAGUAGCUGUGGCUGCAGCUGCCGGGCCUGGGGACGCGGGCGGUCGAGGCCGCCGUCGCAGCCUCCUCGUCUCGCCGGCUAUGGCUGCGCUCGGUCGGCACUUCAGCGGCCUCCCUCUGAGCGGCGGCUCGGACUUCCUGCAGCCGCCGCAGCCGGCCUUCCCCGGCCGGGCCUUCCCGCCGGGGGCUGACGGCGCCGAGUUGGCCCCGCGGCCGGGACCUCGCGCAGUCUCUAGCAGUCCCGCCGGGAGUGCGGCGCGCGGACGUGUUUCUGUUCACUGUAAAAAGAAACACAAGCGAGAGGAGGAGGAUGAUGACUGUCCAGUAAGAAAGAAAAGGAUAACUGAAGCAGAGCUCUGUGCUGGUCCUAAUGACUGGAUUCUUUGUGCACAUCAGGAUGUAGAGGGGCAUGGAGUAAAUCCCAGCAUUAGUGGCCUUUCCGUACCUGGGAUAUUAGAUGUUAUUUGUGAAGAAAUGGAUCAGACAACUGGAGAACCACAGUGUGAAGUUGCCCGAAGGAAGCUUCAGGAGAUUGAGGACAGGAUAAUUGAUGAAGAUGAAGAAGUUGAAGCUGACAGAAAUGUUAACCAUCUCCCCAGUCUUGUCCUUUCUGAUACCAUGAAAACAGGUUUGAAGAGGGAAUUUGAUGAAGUUUUUACAAAGAAAAUGAUUGAGUCUAUGCAGCCUUGCUUUUUUCACCCAGUCUGGAGUGCAGCGCUGCGAUCUUGGCUGACUGCAACCUCUGCCCUCUGGCCUCAAGCGAUCCUCCCACCUCAGCUUCCUCAGUGGCUGGGACCACCAGUGCACACCACCAUGCCUGGCUAUUUUUUUUUUACUUUUCGUGGAGAGACGGUUUUGCCAUGUUGUCCAGGCUGGUCUUGAACCAAGCAAUCCACUGGCCUCGGCCUUCCAAAGUGCUGGGAUUAUAGGUGUGAGCCACCAUGCCUGGCCUGUUUCUGAAGAAACUUAAGAGCCUAAGCAAGCUUGUAUUGCUGAGCACCAGGAUUGGGCCCUGGCUUCAGCGACCGGAUCUUGAAGGAAGCUGACUUGCCUCCAGUCACUACACGAAAGGCAUUCUAUUUUUUUUUUUUAAUGGAGUUUUGCUCUUGUUGCCCAAGCUGGAGUGCAAUGGCACGAUCUCGGCUCGCUGCAACCUCUGCCUCCCGGGUUUAAGUGAUUCUCCUGCCUCAGCCUCCUGAAUAGCUGGGAUUACAGGCAUAUGCGCCACCACACCCAGCUAAUUUUGUAUUUUUAGUAGAGACGGGGUUUCACUAUGUUGGUCAGGCUGGCCAUGAACUCCUGACCUCAGGUGAUCCGCCCACCUCAGCCUCCCAAAGUGUUGGGAUUACAGGCGUGAGCCACUGCACCUGGCCUACACCAAAGGUAUUCUAUAGUCUGCUUUGGCUUGCUGGUUUUUCUACUCAUUCACUUUGACCUCCCCAGAGUUAGUCUUUGUAAGUUGGGAACAUAGCACUUAAAUGCUAAAUUGGCAUAGAAUGAUUUCAUCUACUGGCAUAGGUGAAAUUUUUAUAAAUAAGUCCUGUAAAACCUUGUAAGAUUUCCAAGGAAAAGACGCUAUGAAGGAUGAGGAGGUUAUCAAGUCUUUGGGAGUUAUAUUAAUGUCACUAGGAUUUUUUCUUGAAGAGAUUUAUUCUUUGAUGAAACAAAUUCUUGAGUAAAUAAAAUUCUGAGGCCGGGCGCGGUGGCUCAAGCCUGUAAUCCCAGCACUUUGGGAGGCCGAGGCGGGCGGAUCACGAGGUCAGGAGAUCGAGACCAUCCUGGCUAACACAGUGAAACCUCGUCUCUACUAAAAAUACAAAAAAUUAGCCGGGCAUGUUGGCGGGUGCCUGUAGUCCCAGCUACUUGGGAGGCUGAGGCAGGAGAAUGGCGUGAACCCGGGAGGCGGAGCUUGCAGUGAGCCGAGAUCGCGCCACUGCACUCCAGCCUAGGGGACAGAGAAAGACUCUGUCUCAAAAAAAAAAAUAAAAUAAAAUAAAAAAAAAAAAAAUAAAAUUCUGGAAGAGAUUAAAACCCUUCCAAAGUGGAUUAGGAGAUAAUAACUAACUUUCCAGUGUUUAGGAUAGUGCCUAGCGUAUACUAAGUGCUUAUAAUGCAUCGUCUCUUUGAAUCUUAACCUUUAGAGAUACCAUUAUCCAACUUUACAGAUGAGGAAAUAAGUGAUUAUAUAUAACCCCUGGGUUACCCAGCUUAUCAGUGGCAGAGUUGAAAAUGAGUUUGAGUCUAGAAAAUGCUCUUAAUUCCCAUAAGGGCAAGAGAAUCUCGAUAUGUGAUGGUGUGUCCUUGUUUAACAAACAUUUAUAAUAUGGUGUAGCAAAUAGUGGUUAGGGUUCUAGCUCUUCCACUUACUAGCUGUGAUAUUGGUCAGUUAGGCUGAAGAAUCUGUCUCAAAAAGACAAUAACUACUCAAAUUAUAGCUUGUAUCACUUACGGCAGUCGAGAAUUAGGCAGUAAUUAAGGUGGAAAAGCCUUCAGUCACUUUAAAAAGUGUUAGGCUCACUUCAGUUGGAUUAAUUCCUACCACAGCACACAGAGAAACAUCUAGAGAGAAAACAAGAUUUAUGGCCCUAGAAGAAAUCAAAGAACAAGGAUGCUGCACUGUACCUUUUAAUUGCAUGGGUAGUUUUAAAUAAAUGGAGAAAGCACCUUUCAGAAGCUACACUAGCAGGAAAAAAUUCCAUCAAGCAUUUACAUAGUAAAUUUCUAUAAUUUCACAAAAGAUUCUUGAUCUUACUUGAAGUAUACAUGAGGGAAAGAGCCCCCUCAGUAGGUGUUCUCUUUGCUUACAGAAGCAAACUAAAGGACCUAAAACUGGAGGCAAGCCAGGAUGCCAAAAAGGGGGAAGAGAAAUGAUAAAGAACCAUUCAUAAAUUCCAUGUCUACUUCAAGACAUUUGUCUAAUGACCCUUACAUAAUAAGUAUUUUAGGGAAAACUACCACCCUUUUAAGAUAGAAGUACAAUCUUAAAAGCUGUAGUUCUCAAUUAUAGUAAUAUUUCUUUCUUACAGUAAUAUGUCUCAAUAGCUUGGACUGCUUGAUGUCAAAAGACAAUGCCUGGGGGUCAUCUAUGAGAUCUGAACAAAUACUUUAGAGGAAUUCUCUAGGACUGUAUACUCUCUAUUUUGGCUUUUUGAAUGAAGCACAGACAGGCUUCUCUGCUAUCCUCCAGGCAGUGUAAUAGUCAAGGAAAAGGGCAACAGUAUUGGAUCAUUCCUUAGACACUAAUCAGCUGGGGAAAGAGUUCAUUGGCAAAAGUGUCCUCCCAAGAAUGGUUUACACCAAGCGGAGAGGACAUGUCACUGAAUGGGGAAAGGGAACCCCCAUAUCCACAGUCACUGUAAGCAUCCAGUAGGCAGGAAGAUGGCUUUGGGCAGUGGCUGGAUGAAAGCAGAUUUGAGAUACCCAGCUCUGGAACGAGGUCAUCUUCUACAGGUUCUUCCUUCACUGAGACAGUGAAUUCAGGGUGAUCAUUCUCUGAGGGGCUGAGAGGUGCUUCCUCGAUUUUCACUACCACAUUAGCUUGGCUCUCUGUCUCAGAGGGUAUCUCUAAGACUAGGGGCUUGGUAUAUAUGUGGUCAAAACGAAUUAGUUCAUUAAUGGCUUCCAGCUUGGCUGAUGACGUCCCCACUGACAGAGAAAGGGAGGCUGGUAAGGAACUGAGUCCUUCUGGGUAGACCUCUGGGAGCUCCUCCAGGCUGGCAGGCUCUGGGGAAGGGUAUUUGAAGAACAUGACUGGGUCCAAGUUGUCCAGAAUGCCCAACAGGAUAUCAGACUGCAAGAGGCAAAAAUUAAGUACAACUGUCAGAAUACAAUGGAAAAUCUAACUGGAACACUUUGUACUGGGUUCCAUAAUGUAAAUUAGUCAUCAUGUGAUAAGAUGACCUCGGGACCCACCGGACCCAUUUAUCUACACUUCACUCCAUGUCCUAUAUUAUCUGGAACUAGGAAGGUAGUUGAUGUUCACCUCCAACCCCACCAAAAGCUAACUUCAACCUGUCUAGUUAGGGAUGUCAAGCAUCAAACAUGGAAUUAACUGGUUAUAUAACUCUUUAAUAAGUCAGAAUGAUCCCUACCUCUGAAUCUGAAGAGUCAAUACCGCCAGAAUCCAUGGGGAGAUGUUCUGGAGGGGUGACAACUGGGCCUGCACCUGCUGCAGAGGUGCACGUAGUCUGAGUGCUGCGGACUCAGCAGACCCGGCCACUGGCCUCACUUCAUUCCCCUGGGAGGAAAGACCAAAGUGAAUAAACAGCUUCAAGUUCCCAAGGAAAUGCUUGCUAGACAGCUGUGAUUCUCAUCUUUCAAGAAAACUAGAAAACCGUUCUUUAGAGCCGAAAUCUUUCCCUACCAUUGUUAUUUCCACUUUUAAGUCCUCGAGAUGAGAAAAGGGAGGUAAGACUUCCUUAUACAUUUACUGCACAAUAAAACAUUUUUCCUCCUCUAGGCAAAGAUUCAAGCAGAACUGGCAAAUAUCUUGCUCUUCUCAAUAAUAAUAAUGUUCUUAGAUAAUAAAGUUCUAUAGCAAUUUAGCCC